AUGUAAUAAAAGAAAUUUGUGCGUGGUGUAGAUCAUUAUUUUCCUUAUUAUUUUUUUUAGUUAUAUUCAAUCAAAUAGAAUUCUUUUUGGUUUCGCUGUGGACCUGUGGAUAGUUUGAAAUACUUUUAGAAUGAGUACAAAAGUGGAUAAGAUAGUAAAAACCUAUCAAGUCCUUGCUCAAAUUCCUACUGUGAUAGGUGCUGAUCUUAGAGCUAAUGGUAUAGUAAGAAGUGCCUGGUCUCAAAGAAAUAUAGAGAAAGGAAAAACUGUCAAAUUUGUUAAAGACGUAUUUGUUUCGGAUUUUAAAAAAGUUGCUGAAAGUCUUCCACUUGAUAUUAGCACCGAGGCUUUGUCAAAAACAUCGUUAUCAGAAAAAUUCAGGGCAGUUCUCAGGGAAAACGAUAAUAAAUAUUAUUUAGAGAUAUGGCAAGAUUAUAAUAUUAUUCGAACUGUAGAUCUCAAUGCCUUAGAUAUUCACGGGCCUGUUUAUGCAGAUGUGGAAUUUUCAUCACUGGAAUGGUCACCUGAUGAAAAAAAAGUAUUAUAUGUAGCUGAGAAGAAACCUCCCAAAUCUGAUCCAUUUUAUAAACGCAAAGCACCAUUGUCCAAUGACGGUGGGAGUGGAGAUGAAGAAAAAACUAAAGGCGAAGAAUACUUAUUUGUACAAGAUUGGGGGGAGCAACUUGUAGGGAAAAAGAAGUCGGUACUUGUGGAAUAUGAUAUUGAAAACGAUUCCGUGGAGAUCCUAAAAGGGAUACCUGAUAAUAUAUGUGUUGCUCAACCAAAGUAUUCUCCAGAUGGUAAAUAUAUCAUCGGUGUGGCCUAUAAUACAGAGUAUAGAAAAUUGGGCCUUAUUUAUUGUUCAAAUCGAGAUAGUACUGUGUUUAAACUUGACUUUGAGGGAAACUUUUUAAAAUUACAAUUGGAGGAUUUGGCUGUCAAGUCACCUAUUUUUACUCCUGAUGGCCAGUCACUUGUAUGGCUCCAAAGGAAAACAGGAGGACCUCAUGCGUCAGCGAUGGCCUUGGUUAAGGCUAAUCUUCCUUUAACGGAAAAUACUGCACCACGAGUUGUUGUCGAUAUAGUAGAAAAUGUAAUUAAAAUACAAAAUGAGGAGUCUUUUUAUGGGUUAUAUAACACUGGAUUUCCAAAAAGGCCCUGGGCAAGCGCAAACAGACUAUUAUUAAAUACAAAUCAAAAAUACACUAUAAAUUCGUAUGUAAUCGAUAUCGGGAGCGGGCACGUGACGAAUUUGAAAUUUGACGAUGGAAGUCAAACUGUCACUGAUGUAUAUGGCGAUACAGUGCUAGCAGUGCAGAGGAAUUAUCUCAAGCCAGAUAAAUUGGUUAUUGGUAAAUUGCCCGGCGCAGGUAAUGAAUCGUCAAUAUCUUGGACCGAUCUUACCACCACUCAGGUCAUACCAGGUCUAGAAAAUUGCUUUUACAAGUACCUGGACUUGUCAGCGGAUUCUGUAAGCGACUCUGUUAGUUCGUUCAAUGCGAUAUAUGUUGGACCUAAAAAUGGAAAUGAAAAGUCUGUACCGUUAAUAGUUUGGCCUCAUGGAGGACCCCACAGUGCCUUUGCGAAUUAUUGCAUAAUGGAAGCAUCACUGUUUGCUUCGUUUGGUUUCGGGAUUCUGUUCAUUAACUACAGAGGCUCGAUCGGUUCCGGACAAAGCAGCGUUGAAUUUCUGUUGGGAAAAAUUGGAACGUCCGAUGUAGCCGACUGUAUUGUCGCAGUAGACAAGGCACUUGAAACUUUCCCUUGGCUUAACCCCAACAGUUUAGCCCUAGUCGGGGGCUCGCACGGAGGUUUCCUCGUUACACAUCUCAGUGGACAAUACCCGGAAAGAUUCAAAGCCGUCGUGGCACGUAAUCCGGUCAUAGACGUGGCUUCCAUGAGUAUCAUAUCCGACAUACCCGACUGGUGCUACGUAGAAGCCGGCGAAGAAUACACCCAACAGGGCAAAAUCGAUAAUGAUAUUCUAAUUGCGAUGAGAAAGGCCUCUCCCAUCGUGCAUGCACAUAAAGUUAAGGCACCGACAUUACUGCAGAUUGGUUCGAAAGAUCUACGGGUGCCUUCGCAUCAGGGAACCGAGUAUCAUUUACGGCUUAAAGCUAAUGGAGUGACUACCAGGAUGAACUUGUAUGAUGAUAACCAUCCUUUGGGAACUGUUCCGAACGAGAUGGAUAAUAUCAUAAACUCCUUACUUUGGAUUAAAGAACAUUUAGGGAUUGAGUAAAUGGAGUAAAAAUGUUUUGGGGUAAAAAGUUUUGUGGUAAAAAAAUCAAUGUGUUUAAAAGAAUAAAAAUUUUAUUUGCUUA